CGUCCUUACGCAAGACCUCGCAAACUCGGUUGUAACACAGGAGGAGAUAAAUCUGCAGACAUGUUACUGUUGUACAUGACUGUUUCCUGCGUCUUACUCGGUUCAUCUGCCGGUAUUCAGUAUGAAGAGGUAUGCUACGGCGGAAAUUUCCGAUUACCUUUUGAUUAUACGCCACCUGUUUUCAAUGGACAGCUGUACUUCACUCCGAGUGAUGGGGGAUCCAGGAGGAUAGUGAUGGAUAACGGGAAGGCGCAGGACCCACGCUUCAAGGUUUCCAUUGGCUCAGUUCAAUUCACAGACUUGAGAGAAAGAGAUGAUGGAGCGUUUUCUGUCUCAUUUGAUGGCAAUCGAAUAUUUGAUGUCAUCUCACUGAAAAUUCUGGACUGUGUUGACGAGAUCAGAAGGAAUUAUGGGGAUGCAUACCGCCAUGAUGUUCCUAGACAGGCUGAAUACCUGGAGUUCACGCCGCUUCGUGCUCUGGACCAGACGAAGGUCUUGUGGAAUCGCACUGACCCUCAGACUAACAGGAGAGGCAGAGGACCGGUGAAGCGUAACAUGUUGGAGAUUAUCGGCCUCACUCAGGCAGACAGCGGCUACUACAACUUCAGGAAAAAAGACAACACUUUGCUGUCGAGGAUACUGCUCGCAGUGGAAGGGACCUAUAGACGCUAUGAUGCAACGGUGUCUAAGCGGCUCUUCAUCAAAAAUCCAACUGCUGCUGACUCCUGGACUGUGACUUUAACUCCUGAGGGGGAAACGGAACCCAGAAGAUUGAUAAAUGCAGGCCAACUGGAAUGGUCAAUGUCAAAGCUUUUUGCAAGGAGAAUUACGCUUUUGCGUGAUGGCAUAGAGAUUUACCCUGUGGAAAGCAUAGACUCUGGCACCUUUGAGUUCAGAGACCCACAAGGCAAUUUGGCCCAGACUGUGCAGGUGGAGGUAGUGUAUGAAUCUGCUCCUACAUUUGUCUAUGUUGGUGUUGGUGUCGGGAUUGUCUUUGCGGUGAUUUUCUGCUGUUGCUGCGUGAGAAAGUGCUGUUGUAAAAAGAGCUCUUCUAAAAGGAACGAGUCUGCUCCUCAGACUGCAGCCGCACCUGCUGUGUAUUACCAUGAUGAGAAUCAACCUACAGGCCCAAGUUACUCCGGUACACAUGCUUCAAAUUACUCUUAUCAGCCGAUGAAUCCCCUUGUCUCUCGAGAACCUGCGACUACCUCCCUUGGGCCGCCGGUGUACAACCCAGUGAACAUCCAUGUGAACCCCCCUCAGCCCGAGGUUGCAGCUCCAGGAGGGCUGGGAGCCGCUCCAUCUCUUUCGCUCGGCUCUGACUGCCACUCCUCGGACCCCGAGCCAAAGUUUGAGCUCAAAGGACUGGCCUUUCCCUCUGCCCCCCCCCUCAGCUCAGACUCAGCUUUCUGUGAUGUUUAUACCUCUGAUAAACUCAACUUUCUGUAAGGAGCACGCUGAAAAUUCGAGUGAUACAGAGUCGAAUUCAGGGGUGUUCUUUGUGAUGAGCUGGAACACAGCCAUUUCUGUCGUUGAUUGUAAAAACUAAGUUCCUGCAAACCUGCAAAGUCGUGGAGAUAGGUGCACAGAACAGGGACCUCGUCGAUUGUUAGAAACAAGAUAUCCCUCACACAAUGCUGACACACAACCGGACUAAUCAUAAGCUAGCGUGGGCUGUCCUCUUUCUUUCAGUAUAAACAUACCCACAAAGUUUGAGGCCAGUAUAGUAUUAAUAGUUUUUAUCUAUUAACUCUUGCCAACACUGUUUGUAAGGUUGUAGUUGACAACAAAGUAGUGGAGUAAUACUAGCACAUAAAUCAAUUUUAUGCCUAUUCCUACAAAUGAUAUAGUAUUUAGCAAUUUUUUAAAUGUUCCCAUUUUUUUCCUUUUUUCUCAGGUGAGGAAGAGUAAGGCUCAUUCUGUGUAGCUGUGUUUCUGCCAUAAUCAGGGCAUCUGUAUGAUAUGUGUGUGCGCCAUAGAUUUAGGUUAUAGAAGUGAUGUGACUCAAACAGGGGUCAGACUGACUUCAACACUCAUGGAGAUCAAACCACUACACUCACUGAAGCCAGCUUUACUUUUAUACUGUUUUUAUAUGGUUGUUGCAAACCCUUAUUAUGUGCCUUCAGAUUCAUAUAUCAGCAUGUCUGUGUGGUUUUCUAUUAUUACAUUUUGAGAAAUUAUAUACAAUAUUUUUUAUUUGUUUUGUGCUGUGUAAGUAAGUUCCACACCUGAAUACUGCCACACUUGUACUUUUUGCGUUCAUAUGUAGAUCUGCUGGAGUUUCAUCCAUAAGCUCUUGUGCCUUUGAGAGGUUGUUGAUCAGGGUAGUUUGCCAGCUGAUUAGGCCAUGAAAUCAAUGUAAAAUAGUGAUAUGUGUUACAAAUAUUUGUCCACAUUAAAUGCAAGGAUGUGUAGCUAUACUUUGACUUUCACAUUUUAAAUAAGUUUGGCCAUUAAUUGAACUGCCUGGUGGAUUCCUUCCAUCCUGUACACCUUUGAAAGAGACCAUUAGCCAGAUGAACCACAGAUUGCAGUGGUGGUAAAGUUACAGGCUAGGCAUUGAGAAAAUUAAUAUAAUGUAUUAUCAAAUUUAAUCUGAGCCACAUUUUUUGCAUCAACAUACAGCAUUGACACCAUAAUACAGUAAUAAUGGGAAAAAUGUGUUUAAAUAAAAGAUUUAAGCAAAUAAUAAAAAAGGUCUGCAUUUAAAAUUUUCUUUCACAGUUUUACAUUAUAGUUAAAUACAUACACUAAUGCUUUCAGAUGCAACAUAUUUAUGGUCGAGAAAUUAUUGUUCUGACUAACUUCAUGUCGCUGUUAAAGGCCCCAAAUACCCAUUUUCACAAUAUGUUUCUUUUACUGAACACUGGGGUCCUACAUGACUGUUUACGUCCAGAAGAAGUUAAAAGAAGUUUUGUUAUUUUCCAUGAAAGAUUUCUUUUUAUGAGGUUUUGUUUUGGUCUUCUAACUGGUUUUAAGUGUAAGGGGAUGAUGGCUUCUAGCCGACACAUGUUUGUAUUUUCCUCCACAAUAGAUAAAAAGACUUUGUAUCUCUGA